AUGGCUCCUGCCACACGAAAAAAAGUAGUCUCUUGUUCCACAGGGAGAGCGAAUAGUACGGAAAGAGGCACGGUUGCUGAUCGAUUGGAGGCAGCCGGGAUCAAACGGAAACGCGACCCCAGAGAAUCAGAUACUCGCCGUCCACAGAAUCAACAUGCGCCUGCCACCGACCCAAAAGAUAGUGGCAGGCUUGCAACACAAGCCAGUCGAAACCGAACAACAACAUAUCAUCAAGGAAACCGAGAGACCUUUUCUCGCUAUUGGCCACCUCCAUCAGACAUCAUCGAUCUUACAAACGACGACGAUGAUGACGCUGUCGAAGGAAACUGUAAAAGAAGCAAGGAAACAAUACAACACCGCAGAAUCACUCCCAGUAUCAAGCCAGAACUUCUGAACACAGGUGACACCGAUAUUAUUGCCACUACCAGUAUCAAGGACAUAAGGCCCGUCUCUCACGAUGAACCAGUGGGAGACAAUGGAAUCGAACAAGAAACUUCAUCAAUGGGGCCAGAUAUUCAUUCAGCCUCCGUUGCGGCCGUAAUAGGUGUCACUUGUGAUCAUCUACAGGCGAGCAACAAAAAGUCCGCGCCAGAACCCGGUCCAACAGCCAUAUUAGGGAUACAGCAAGGCCCAGCCGAGACGAAUACUCCUGAGCAAUUGGUAGAAGGACUUCUCAAGAGCGAUCUGGAAAAAGCCAAAAUAAACGUCGAAAAGAGCAAAAUGAGAUUGAAAUGGCUCGAAGAGGAGCUCGAGCGCGAAAAAAAGAAUCUUACAGCAAACCAAACAGUUGUCCAAUAUUUCACAAAUUUAAUAAAUGGCUCCAAGGCCGGAGCAGGAUUCAUCAAAGCCCCGAAGAAGAAAUACACAAGGCAUCACACCAAAACGGAUAACAAAAGAUAUUCGUCAGUUGGGGAAAUUGCGACUGGCCCGCCAGUAUCUAUACGGCAGCCGACUAGAACUCUAUCUACGGCACCUACAUCAUUCAUCACGUAUAACACCCAGCAAUCACUUGAGAAUCCUCACCAAAGUACCACCGUUGACGAGGAUAUGCUUUCGGAAACGGGAUCCACCACUUUACACUGCGGUACCCAGAAUUAUACGGUGAACCCAGGGAUGCAUAGCCGGAAUAUUGAUGCAGCAGAGAGUGAAAGUCGGAUGUCGAAAAAUUACAAGACCAGGCAGCUUCUUCAAGGCAAGUGCUCGCUUCCUAAAUACAGAAUAUCAUGGGAAGAAAUAAAACACAAUGAGAUACAUAAGUCCGUCGAAAGACAAAUAAGAAGAAUAACGGAAGGCUACGGAAAGUGCCAGUGUAAUAAGAAGGGAACCAAGAAUGGAACCGACGAGGGAUGUACAGAGAAUUGUACUAACAAAGAAAGCUCCAUCCUGUGUGACGACAAAACAUGCAGUAUUGGCAGAGAAGAAUGCCAGAAUCGCUGGCUCGAAACCUGGGCCCACAAGGAAGGUGAACUCAGUCAACAUCUUGAAAUCAGGGAGAAUCCAAGGUUUGGAAAGGAACUGAUCUGGAAUGGCCCUGUAGGGAAAGAUCCGGAACGUCUGAUUGCUGAAUACAGAGGACAACUUAUCUCGACCAACGAGCUUAUGGCUCGAAGAGAGAAGCAAGAUGGAGGUAGUAUCAUGGAGGGACAUUUUAACUUUGAGGUCAAGUCUCUGGGAGGACCUGAGCAUCUGUGGCUGGAUUCAACAUACAAAGGCAGUAUUGCGAGGUUCGCCAACCAUAAUUGCGACCCAAAUUGCAUUGUCAUCCAGUUUCUGGACAGCAAUGGCCCGAGGCUGUUCCUUCAAAGCGCCAGGCGUAUCAAUCCUGGAGACGCGAUUACCAUCAACUACGGCCUAGGGGUUCCUCCAGCAUAUUUUAGAGUCACGAUUGGUCUAAAAUCGCAAGAUGUGCCAGUUUGUUAUUGUGGCCGCGACGGAUGUCAGUGGAAAAUAACUUCUGCGGUACGUGACAUGGAGAUCUGGCUUAAUAAGGUGCCAGGGGAUUGGUCUAAAGACCGAAAGCCAGGGGAGCCUGUCCCUCGAACCAUGAAUCUAUACCUCCCUGGCGCAAGACACGCCAUUAACGUCUUUGAGGGUGACUGUGACCCUGACAACGAGGAGGAAAUAUUAAGGAUUGCUUGCGGGAACGUGAUCAGUCACCUUCAGGCAUCGCUGGUCAAGAUCAUCGGGGGGAAUGGCAGCUGA